AGCCUCAGCCUCCCAGAGAAGCUAUGGUUUAUUUUUGUGUUGAGGUUAAACCCAGGGCCUCGCCAUGCUCAGAAAGCACUCUGUGGCUGUUGCACACAUAUAGCAGAGCCACAUGUCACCUCCGUACCAGAGGCUAAGCCAGGGCUUUCAACCGGAUUAGUUCCCAGCACAGCGGGGAAGCUCCGCCUGAAAAGGGCUGGGGCCAAGAAUCUGUCACUAACCCAAUUUCAGCCAGUGAUUGGACACCUAGGCUGUCAGUCACGAUGCAGAGGCGGGCCUGGAGGCCAUCCAUCCGGGAAGCUGGGGGGAACUGUCCAAUCAGUGCGCAUAAAAUGGGGAAGGGCGGGCUUCCGCAAUCUCGCGGGCUUUUCUUCCUCUCCAACUGGGCUACUCCUUCCCCACGACUCGAGUUCUCUGCUCCAGGGACUCGGGUGUCUCUGCUGCCUGUGACCCCCCACACCCCCAUCUCGGGUGCCCGGAGGUUCCUCCAGAGGACCCCGGGUCACCACAGAAAUCAAAAAUGAUCAUGUGUCUGAUGUUGCAUAUGAAGCUGUCAUGCCAGCCCAGGUUUCUCUAUCUCAGUGACCUUUGAGGAUGUGGCUGUGAACUUCAACCAGGAGGAGUGGGCUUUGCUGGAUGCUUCCCAGAAGAACCUUUACAGAGAUGUGAUGCUGGAGGUCCUCAGAAACCUGGCUUCUAUAGGAAACAAAUGGGAAGACAAGACCAUUGAAGAUCAGAUCGAACAUUCUGGGAGCAUUCUAAGGCACGUCACAUGUCACUCUGGACAUGAACCCUACAAGCAUGAGGAAUGUGCAGAGAAGCCAUGUGAAUUGAAACAUUGCAGGAAAUCUGUGGUUACUCCCAAAAGCGUUCACACACAAAUGUUAACACAGACUGGAGAUGGACCUUAUGAAAAUAGAGUAUGUGGGAAAGUCAUCAGUCGUUCCAGUGACAUUCAAAGGCAUGAAGAUACUCAUACUGGGUGGCAACCCUAUGAAUAUCAACAAUGUGGUGAAGCCUCAUCUUCUCCCACAGGUGUUCCAAGACACAUGAGAACACAGAGUGGAGGUAAACCUGUUCAAUGUGAGGUAUGUGGGAAAGCCGUUCAUUCCUCCUCUUUAGUUAGAAGACAUGAAAGAACUCAUUCUGGAGAGAAACUCUGUGAAUGUAAAGAAGGUGGUCGGACCUGUACUUCACUUCCAAGUCUUCAAAGGCACAGGAUCACACACACUGAAAAUGCACCUUUUAAAUGUGAGGUAUGUGGGAAAGACUGUGUUUACCCCAGUUUAUUUAGAAUACAUCAGAAAACACAUGCUGGGGAGAAGCCCUAUGAAUGUAAGCAGUGUGGCAAAGCUUUCGCUAAGCCCUCUGCCCUUGUGUCACAUGAACGAACUCAUACUGGAGAGAAACCUUAUGAAUGUCAACAAUGUGAAAAGGCCUUUUCUACAUCCUCUUAUGUUCAGAUACAUAAACGAAUUCAUACUGGAGAAAAGCCCUAUGAAUGUAAACAGUGUGGGAAAGCCUUUGUUACAUCCUCUCAGCUCCAUGUACACAAAAGAACACAUACUGGAGAGAAGCCGUAUGAAUGUCAACAAUGUGGAAAGGCCUUUGCUAGGUCGUGUCACCUUCAGAUCCACGAAAGAACACAUACUGGAGAGAAAUUCUAUGAAUGUCAACAAUGUGGAAAAGCCUUUGCUACAUCCACUGAGCUUCACAUCCAUGGGAGAACACAUACUGGAGAGAAGCCCUAUGAAUGUAAGCAGUGUGGCAAAGCCUUUGCUAGAUCCAGUAACCUUCAGAUUCAUGGAAGAACACAUACUGGAGAGAAGCCCUAUGCAUGUCAACAAUGUGGAAAAGCCUUUGCUACAUUCUCUUCUGUUCAGGUACAUGAACGGUUUCAUACUGGAGAGAAGCCAUAUGAAUGCAAGCAGUGUAGAAAAGCUUUUGCUACAUCUAGUGAGCUUCACAUACAUAGAAGAACACAUACUGGAGAGAAGCCCUAUGAGUGUAAGCAGUGUGGCAAAGCCUUUGCUAGAUCCAGUCACCUUCACAGACAUGGAAGAACACAUACUGGAGAGAAGCCCUAUGAAUGUCAACAAUGUGGCAAAGCCUUUGCUAGAUCCAGUCACCUUCACAGACAUGGAAGAACACAUACUGGAGAGAAGCCCUAUGAAUGUCAACAAUGUGAUGAAGCCUUUGCUAGAUCCAGUUACCUUCGGAGACAUGAACAAACUCACACUGCAGAGAAAUCACACUCAUGAAUACAACUGGCUUAGUCUUCUGUUGUUACUCUCUCACUCAUAAACAUGUAGGAAGCUUACUG